AUGCCAUCCGAUACAAUGGUUAUCACAACCUUAAGUGUUAUUUCAGCUCAUCUAAACCGUUAUUUAUCAAUUGCUAUACUUCUAUUCGGCGUUGUAGGUAAUCUUUUAAAUUGUCUUGCUCUAUCACAACGAACUCUUCGUUCAAAUCCAUGUGCCUUGCUAUUUCUUGCCUCAUCCAUUGCUAGUCUUAUUACUCUUAUAUCUGGUGUUACCGUUCGUUUAUUAGCUGGCUGGACAAUUGAUCUAACAGAUACUGUUGGAUGGCUUUGUAAAUUUCGCAUCUUUGUUUUAUUUUCUUCAAGAACAGCAGCUUCAUGGCUUAUUGCAAUGGCUACUAUUGAUCGAUGGCUUUCGUCAUCGAUUGAUGUUCGUCUUCGACAUAUAAGUUCAAUUAAAAAUGCUCAACGAGGAAUUAUUAUCAUAAUAUGUCUAUCAAGUCUUGUCUAUGCUCAAAUAUUCUAUUGUUAUGAAGCUAAUUUAAUCGAUUCUCCACUUAAAUGUUAUGGUAAAACAAAAUGGUGUCGUAUAUUAAUUGAUUUAGAAUUUGCUUCUAUAAGUGUUAUAAUACCUUCAUUGUUAAUGUUUAUCUUUGGAUUAAUGACUGUAUUAAGAAUACGUCAAACUAGUCUACGUCAAAUUCAACCAAUUAUAGUAACAACAUUACAUCAAAGCACAAACAGAAACCAACGGUCUCAACCAUUAAGAAAAACUGAUCAUUAUUUACUUGUUAUGCUUUUAAUACAAGUCUUAUUAUUGACUCUAUUUUCAUUACCACAAGCUAUUGGAAAUCUUUAUUCAAAUAUAACUUUAAAUCAAAUAAGAUCUCCAUUAAAUAUAGCAAUAAAUCAUUUUAUAUUUAAUUUAUUUAUUCUUCUUACUUAUGUAACUAAUGGAAUGCCAUUUUAUAUUUACACAUUAACUGGUGGAACUGUUUUUCGUAGAGCAUUACUCAAAACAAUAAGAGAAUUUAUUCAUAAACUUACAUAG